CAUAGUCUUUGGCUCAGCUGCUACUGCGCACAGCAACAAGCAACGGUAGUGCCAGAGUAGAGCCUCUCUGGUCUGCUUGGCCACACGCGACUGGGACUGCUACCAUACGAUGGACGAUAUUUUGACUGAGGACGAUUUUGAUGAUUUCGCUGCAGCUGUAGGCGAAGGAGGGGACGGCGGAAGUGAGGAUGAUGCAAGGUCGGAUGACUUUCUGAGCUGGCUCCUUUUGCACGCGGACAGCAUCGACCCGAAGCUCGACGACUGCGUCAUCGACAGCGAUGGGUCCGAAGUUGCUGCUCCUGCUCGUGCCGCUGCAGUUGGUGGGGCUGCUGCUGGCCCUGUCGCUGACGGUGGUCCUGCGGCCGCUGUCUGCGGAAUGUUUGCAGCAGCGGCAGCACCCGAAGUAACCCUACCCACGACCGGAAUAGUGGCUGCUGCUGCUGCUGCUGUCGCAAUCAGGCCGCCAGGAGGCAGUGGUAGCACCAGAGAUACCACGGCCUCUGACUCUGACCGAGUCGGCAAGGAAGGGGGCGCGGGAGACCCCUCUGGUGGAGAUGCUUCCUUCGGGGUAGGAGCGGUUGGGAUUGGCUCUGCACCAGAGCAAGGCGUGUUGCCAAGCUCGUCUUUGGCGACCGUCGGGAGGAUACCGUCAGACCCGGUCUUGGCGAUGCAAAUGGGGGCUCGGAUGGCCUUGUCCGGUAAUCUCGGCCUUAUUCCUUUCGGAGCGUCAAUGGGAAGCGGAGGGAUUGCUGGAGCUAUUGGCGGUACGCCCGCGGCAGGAGCGAAACCUACGGCAGCGUCAACGCAAGCGCAACAUCCGUUGAUCGCCCCGCCAGCCGCGCUGCCUCCCGCGGCAGGGGCAAUGGCAGCAGCAACAGCAGCAGGCCCCCCGGCGUCCGUUCCGCCUCUCGAUGGACUUCCUGCGUGGACGGGGCUCCCGCAUCCGCCUCAAUGGCUGGAAACAGAAAAACAUCCCCAAGGUGUUCCCCCCUCGCACAAAGCUAACAGCAGUAGCCGCGGUGUGGAGACCCCGGGAGUGACGGGAGCGGGGUCCCCGAAAGGAAAUGGGUCGGCGUGGCAGGCGGCAGGCGUGGACGCGGGGGCGUACAGCGGCGGGGAGGGGAAGAAGAGACCACGGGCUGAUGGUGCCGCCCAGGCGGCCAAGACCGAAGAGACGAAGGCGAGAGCUCGUGACACUUCCAAAGACGGUCGGAAGCGGAAGAAGAUGACCCUCGGGGAGCUAGAGGAGCGCGUGAAGCAAGUUUCGGAGGACAACGGCCAACUGAAACUCCACCUAUCGAACGUGAACGAUAAGCUCAUGCUCAUGGCCAGCAAGAAGAAGCUCAUGGAGGCGGAGAUAGCGGCCAAGCUUGAGGCGCAGCGCUCUCACCCAAGCGACUUGAACCAGGCAAGCCUCGCCGAGGCUCUGUCGCGCUUCAAGGACCUCUAUGCCGACUACGGCAAGCAGCGGAAGCAAGAAGUCGAGUUCCACCUGAGGCAGCUCGAGAGGCAAAUCGUGCCCACAGACACGACCAAGAUGAGCCUAUGGACUCUGGAGCAAGACGAGUCCUUCUACAAGGACCGGAAGCGGGGCAGCCUCAGUCUUAUUCUCCGCGCGGAAUUGGGGGUGAGCGAGGAGCAGAUCGAGCGUAUUCAGGAGCGGAGGGCUAGAAUAAAAAGCCUACUCAACGAACUUGGGGAGUCUCUCCGCCUUGUCCGUGAUCUCCAGAAGUCCAGCGAGGCUAAGACGACCAAGUUUGAGGAGGUUAUGGAGAGGUUGCAGAGCGCCUUCUCUCCGCAACAGAUCGCGAGGCUCCUGCUUUGGGUGUCAGCAAACCGGGCUCACAUCUCCAAGCUGCCACUGCUUCCGAAAACGCUGCUGCAGCAGCGGUAGCGACAGCAGCAACUCUUGCGUAUACUGCGAGUACUGCGAGAAUCCUGUCCCUUCAUGACUGUUUCCAGCCAGCAGAGGUGGGAACAUUCGAUGAAGAUCGCCGAAUCAAAUGUCGAACCGGCGUUCUGUCUAGCACCCAAGACCCUGCCCGUAUCACGCUCUAAUGUGGUGUCGGCUAAGGGAGUCGACCGUCGCCUUUCGGUGAAUUGGUGGAGGGUGGACUGCGUGCCGCGGAUAGGGUUUGUCUUGAAAGCUCUGGUCGGCCGUUUCCGGCGGUGCAGUUGUCAAGAGGCAGCUCUUGUUGUGCAGUGAAGUUGAUAUUCGGAGGUGAUACGUAACGCGUGGUUUGUACAACAAGAUAUUGGCUCAUGUGUUCAUGUGGACAGUACGAAGCGAUUGGAAUAAGGUGUUAGGGUACUCUCGUACUGAGGGACUACUUCCAUGUACGGACAUGUUGGUCCAAGUACCAGUUCGUACCUGGGGGUGCCAUAUCGUGGACAACCGCUUAGUUAGGAACACUGGUGUUUGGCAGAUCGUGCAAUGACCGAUUGGAGUCCACCUUGAUGUGUUGUUAUUUCCACGAAGUUGUGCCCCAAGCGUGGUAUGGCCUAGGCUAUGUACAUGAGACGAAACAAGGUAUAUAAUAGGUGCAAAAGCCGAACGGCGAUCGCUUCGUCAAUCUUCAUUUUGUUGGGACCGCUCGCCCCUGGUGUGUCUGUAGACAAGUGCAUCCGGACCUCUGGUGUUCUUUCCUAUUACUGAAUACGUUUGCGACAUUAGUUGCGUGGGGCAAGCUUCUUGUGCCCAGGCUGAUGGCUGACGGGGUAGGGAUUGACGGGUCUACUCAACGUAAACGUGGGUAAUGUGACGUCAUAUUUCGUGUCCAAGAAAGAUGAAAUAGUGCCGUGUGCGUGCUGUACCUCGUGGCGAUUAGGCCUGAUAGAUCGGUUUCAAUGCACCAAGAGGAACGAACGAAUAUGAACCAAUAAUAAUAAACACUUAUGUUUUCGC